AUGUCAUGUAAGAAUUUUACCCUCCAAAUUAUCCCACUGGCCAACCAAGCUCCAGCUUUCACAUCCCCCAGCUACACCAUUUAUGUUAGUGAGGGAGUCCUCAAUAACUCAAGGCUCUUUGACUUACCUGUUAGUGACCCAGAUACAGCACUGAAUCAGUUGGUAUUUACUUCAACUGAACUUACUACUGACAAAUAUGUCUACAUGAGUGGGUUAAGCUUAUUCAAUGUUAAGCAGUUUGACAGAGAAGUAAUUCCCCAACACACUGUUACUGUAAGAGUUGCAGACCCUCAAGGAAAUACUGCUACAGCUACUCUCAUUAUAAUUGUACAAGACAUUAAUGACAACAGUCCUGCAUUUGGACAAAACCAGUACACUUUCAGUAUACAAGAAAACCAACCAGUGGCCACAAUUGUUGGCUCAGUUUCAGCUACAGAUGCUGAUGAGCCCAACACACCAAACUCAGCCCUAACUUAUGGCAUUGUCCAGACAUUGGACUUUGAUAAAUUUACCAUAAACCCAUCAAGUGGGCAGCUGGCUUCCAAUGCCAUAUUUGAUUAUGAAACAAAACAGCAAUACCAGAUAGUUGUUAGAGUCUCUGACAAUGGAAAUGCCCCACGGACUACAGUAGUGCCAGUCACAGUCAACAUUUUAGAUCUUCAAGACAAUCCACCAUUAUUCCAAGUUCUUAACAUAGAAGAGUCAGUUAAUGAAAAUGUUGCAAAUAUUCUUGUGGCAACUAUUAAGGCUGAUGAUGCUGAUUCUGUAAAGAGCUACAAUUUUGUCUUGGCUGAUAAUGAAGGUAGUACUGACUCUUCAGCCUUCUCUGUACAAACUGUGAACAAUGAGGCAAGAGUUUAUGUAAACUCUGCACUGAACUAUGAGGUGAAAAACCGCUACACUUUCCAGGUGACAACUCAAGGAAUGACAGGAAAUAUUUUGUACACAACAGCUUCAGUCACAGUCAAUGUUUUGGAUUUAAAUGAUAACCCCCCAGUGAUUGGACAAUACACUGCAACAAUUACUGUACUUGAGACUGUAGCUAUAGGCUCAGCUCUGAGUAAUUUAACAGCUACAGAUGCAGAUGGGACUUCACCAAACAACAGGAUAGAGUACAAAGUCCAAAGUGUCAGCCCAAACAGUGGUAGCAACCUCUUCUAUGUUGGUGAGAAGAGUGCUAUUCUAACAGUUGCAUCCUCACUCCAAGCUGACAGGACUGUCAACACGUAUACUAUCACUGUCAUUGCCUUUGAUUUAGGCACACCAUCUUUAACUGCCACAGGGACAGUCACUGUGACUGUAAAACGCAACACUGCACCAGUUUUCCAAGGUAGCUCAACAACUCUUCCAGCUGUAAAUGAGAAUAUUGCAAUUUCUACUUCCAUUUUUAGAAUAACAGCAACAGAUAUCGACACAAAUAUCACUCCUGAGUUUGCAGGUGUGACCUACUCACUGGCAGCAGACUCAGUUGCUUCAAGCCUGUUUCAGAUCAACCCCAACACAGGAGAUAUAACAUUGACUGGUUCCCUGUAUAACAGAGCGGACUCACAAUACACUAUCCAAAUUAUAGCAACUGAUCUUGGAGGUUUGUCAGCCAGAGUUAAUGUCAUUGUACCUGUGAAUAGAAAUCUGUUUGUCCCAGAAUUUGAUUACUCAAGUUACAUAGUAACGAUAAAUGAAAACUUCCCUCUAGGAAACACCAUUGUACAGAUAGCUGCUCUUGAUUCUGAUAUCAAUAGCCCAUGGAAAGACUUGUCCUUCACUAUCACUGGUGACGCUUUAGGCCUACAGUACUGUGCUGUCAGUGACACUGGCAUAAUCUUCUUACGUCGAACUCUGGCCUUGACCAACAUUACAGAGCUCAAUCUGAUGGUAUCUCUAAAAGACAAAGGCAAUCCCCCGAGAACUGCUGCCACUACAGCAACUGUCAAGAUCUAUGUAACUAAAAACUCUCAAAGUCCCAUUUUCUUCAAUGAAACUUAUCGAGUCACCAUUCCAGAAAAUCAAGCUGUGUCCUCAUCAAUCAUCACAGUCCUUGCAACAGACGCUGAUCCAGUGUUCAACAAAUUGACCUACUACAUUGAAGGAGAUCAGUCUGCUGCAGCCAACUUUGCCAUAGAUCCAAAUACUGGAGUAAUUACAUUGAUACGGGACCUCAGGCAAUCAUCUCUGAGCUCUUUUGUGAUUCGAGUAGCAGCUUUGGAUGACGGCGCCUACCCCAGGAGGGGCACAGCUCUAGUGUUUGUUGAUGUCACAAGAAACCUCCAGAGCCCCAGAUGGAUAGCUGGUAACCCAACAACUGCCACGGUGUAUGAAAAUGCUGCUUCAGGGACCAGUGUUGUGAGAGUUUCUGCUUCAGACACUGACUCUCAGGCCCCAAACAAUGUGAUUGACUACAUCAUUACAUCAGGAGGAGAAUACUUCCAGGUUGAUCAAUCAACAGGGCUCAUCAGUGUCAAGGUCCCUGUUUACCUAGACACUGCAGCAAAUUAUCAAGUAACGCUGAUUGCAAGAGACAGAGGAACUCCUACAAGGCAGUCAGCUCCAUUCACUGUUACAAUAACUUCACAAAGAAAUAGAUUUGCACCAAAAUGGCAGGCCACUCCCUUCAACUUUUAUCUGACCCUACCACUAACCAACAAUCAGUUGCUGAGGACUUUAUCUGCAACAGAUGAUGACCUGCCACCUUUCAAUCAAUUGACAUUUGAGCUUCUUCCCUACUCCAGCUCGUCAUUGCUAUUCACUUCUGAGGUCAGCAAUCAGAACUCUAUUAAUAUAAGAGUUUCCAAUGCAAACCUAAUCAACUCUGACACACUGCUGCAAUAUUUCUUUUAUGCCAAAGUUCGUGACAUUGGAAGUCCAAGCCUCUCAGACAUAGCUCUUGUAACUUUCAAUGUCAACCGUAACUUGAAUGCUCCAAGUUUCCUCACUACAACAAAGGAAAUCACCAUCAAUGAGACUCUAACUCCUGGCUCCUUCGUCAUUGACUGUCCGGCCACAGAUGCCGAUGGCUUUGUAUCCAACAAUGGUGUUGUCACCUAUUCUGAUGGUUUAUCUUUCACCACAUCUAACUAUUUCCGUGUGGUAGAGAGGGAUAGCGGCAUCAUUCUACAGCGUCCACUACAGCAGGACACAGCCACGACAUACACUGUGAUCAUUAGAGCUCAGGAUAAUGGCAAACCCCCACUUUCAGCACCUAACACAUGCACUGUUACAAUCAGAGUGAUACGCAACCUAAAUCCACCAGUGUUUGUCAAUACCCCGUAUGAAACUACCAUUGCACGUACUGCAACUGCAGGCUUAAAGGUUGUCCAGGUGACAGCUACUGAUGCUGACUUGCAGGUUGUAAUAUAUUGAGAAUUGUGAAGUAAAGGGAACUC